GCAACUUUGAAUGGUGGAGAGUUCUCUUUUGAACCCAAUAAAGCAAAGACCAGAGUCUCAGUACGCAUUUUGCCAGAGAAGAGACACAGAGCACUUCCUUCAAAAAAAUUUCUCACUUUUUUCUCAUACUUUUUACGCUCCUUAAUUCUCAAUUUGUCUCCAAUCUCUGAUUCCCAUUUUUGAUUCCUUUUUCUUUUACCAUAUAGAUUCAUAUUCCCUUCCCCUGUCUUCAUAAUUCAAUUUGAAUUGCUUGAAUCAUUCCUGGGUACCGUUGGUUUUUAUCCCAUAACACUUUCUCUGUUUCUCACAUACCCUUUGUGGUGUUUUCUCUGUUCUUGAUUUAAAUGUUGAAGAAUGGUUGAGUAUUUUUCUGGAAAAUUUUGUCUUGUUCAUUCAGAACAGAGAAAACUGUGGUGAAGAUGGGUGGUGUUGGCAGAGUUGAGGUGAUCGACAGCAAAGGGUGUUCCAGGCUGUUUGUUGGGUUUCCAUCUUCUGUGCCUUCUUUCAGAGGAUUGAAGUCUUUUGAUUUAAUGUCUCCGGCAGCGUCUUCCUCUGUUGGGUCCGAGUCGUUGGUUCGAUCUACAGGUCCAUUUUCUGGCCUUUCCAUAUGCGUUACAGGUCUAUCUAAAGAAGCAAGGAAACAAGUAAAGGAAGCCACGGAAAGAUUAGGAGGUCAAUACAACCCUAGUUUACAUCCUCAAUGUACUCACUUGGUGGUCCAGAUAUCCUUUAUCAUUACUAUUUUAGCUUUAAAAUUCAUAGAUUAUCUUAUUUGUCGCUUAACCCUCAAGGCCUUAACUUUUAUUUACAGCCUUAGUGGACGCAAGUUUGAGCACGCUUUGAAGCAUGGAGCAAGAAGUGGUCUCUUUGUUGUCACACUUGGCUGGUUUGUGGAUAGUGUCAAGAGGAAUGUAAGGUUGAGUGAAUCACUUUACACUGUAAAGAGUGUUGGAGAAAAUAGCAAACGCAUGGAUGAGUUGAAACGGCUUGCUGGUUUUUCUGCUGAAAAAUCAUGUCUUCCUGCUGGCUUUCAUGAAGCUAUAAAAUUUGACACGAUAGAGAAACCACAUCUUUGUUCUGUCGGAGGAGACUCUAAUAGAAGUCUGGGGUUAACCCUAUCUGGUCAUACCAUGUACAUAGAUUCAGACAUUUCAAAUGAACUCAGGAAUAAGGUUAUUGAAGCGGCUAUCAAAGAAGGUGCCACAAUUUUAGAUCGAUUGUUUGUUGGUUGCAAUGCGAGUCAUGUGGUGUGCGAAGGGACUUCUGUCCAUCGAUAUAUAGGCCACUCAAACAACCUUGUUACACCACUAUGGAUACUAAAAACAGCGAAGGAGAAGUUUGUUCAGAAGCUUCUUCACAUGUCAGCUGAUUUGGCAAGGCAAAUCGGUACACUGUUAGAAAAUUCUCAGAACAGCGGCAUUGGAAAGGAAGUUAGUAAGGGAAAUGCUUCUCAGGAUUCUCAGGGCUUCAGAAGUAAUGCAAGUCAUGAGGAAAGGCAACAGAUUGUACAUUAUGCUAAAAUCAGGAUUAGAAAUCGCCGUGGUCGUCGUAUGCAGACUUGUCAGACCCCAAUUCGUCCAAUAACCCCAAGCACCCUUCUGGACUCCAUUUGCUGGUCAAUAUCUGAGCCAACUUCAACUGCAUCCAUUUACACAGACUCUCUCAGUGGUGAAGAUGCUAGUGAACAUCAAUCUAUAUUCUUUGAUGCAAAAGAUGAUGGCAAGGAUUCAGUAGUCUCAUUUACAAACUUAACACGUCCCCUUACAGAAAGUGAGAAGAAGGAAUUGAUAUUCAAAAACCACUUUCUUACCAUACUAUUUCCAGUUGACCGUUUCUCUGAGAUGGGUCCUUCCUCAAGGACAUAUUUCAGCGAUGAUGGGUUUACAUGUUUGCAGGUGUUGAAUUACAUCUAUGCUUUUUACCAGGAAAACAUGUCUGCUCAAGAAAUAGAAGCUGCCAUACACACCGAUUCAAGGCAUGCUGACAGGCUUCGAGCAGCGUAUGCUAGUAAAGAGACAGCAGACAUGAUUUUCAAACGAGUUGAAUUCGUAGGAAGUCGUAAGAGUUUCGAGAUGUUGAAGCGUAUUAGUGGAGAUAACAGUAGUAACGUAUACGAGCUCUUGAUUAGAGCAUGAUGUACCAUCAUCUGCAAAUUGGAUGCAGUGAUGCCAGGAUGUUUAGAAUGCACCAUUGUGCCUCAAGCCAGAAGUCUUUUUAGUCUUUUUUUGGAUUUAAUAGUCAAUGUCUCUAGUCCAGUUUGUGAGCACCAUGGAUUCCUCCAAGUCCGUUCUAAGGCAGGUCAUCCACAUCAAAACUAGGGAAUUCACGAGGAAUUACUUCAUUGGCAUCCCAGAGAAGCCUCAAGUCAGAAGCUAACAGACUUGCAUGAAUGUUGAAUCUUCACUUGCAUAUUAUCAAGUUUCAGAAAGAAGACAUUUCUGUAACC